CGCAUAUUCGAUUUGUAAACUUAUUCGAUUUGUACAAUCAUAAAAUCAAUACAAAUUAAGGGUAGAUUGAAAUUAGUUUAAUUGUUAGGGUUUUAAAAUAAUUAGAGAUAGAGAAUGACUUUUUACUAUUACACAUUGUUCAAAAUCGAACAACAAAUGAGUUGUAGCUCAACGGAAAUUAAGUUUAUUAAUAAUAAUAGUGUUCUAGAUUUGAAUUACCCAACCUACCAUUUAUAUUUUUAUACACAAAUGAUAGUAGGAUAAUCAUUUUUUCAAAUUUUAGGGGUGUCCCUCACUAUCAAUUAUAUUUUUUUGUCUAGACGUAAAUUACCACCGAAAGUUGGAUAAUCAUUUUCCCGAAAUUUAGGGGUGUCCGGGGACACCCUUGAAACCCCCUGGGUCCGCCACUGUCUGUAAUUGCUUUUCCUAUACCAUACAGGGUUAGACUUAGCAGAAGUACUGUAAUUCUGUAAAUACUUCUCAUACUUUUAUAUGUAAUUUGUAUUUCCUUGAAUUAUAGUGGAACUGGCUCUUUCAUGUCCGUGGACUAGCUAACAUACAUUUGUGUUAGUGAACCACGUAAAUCGUGUAUCGUGUGUAUACUUUCGUUUUCUUGCAUUAUCGAAUCCUUCAAUUUUCUGAUAUUCGCAGGAGCAACAGUCGUGACAGCUGCUAUUCCGUCACACCAAUACUUCAUCUAUCUAUAUGACUAUGAGAACCUUUCGAUUGGGCCCUCACGCGCAAUUCUGAUCGUUGGAGCAUGCAGAUAGUUAGUAAAAUACGGUACGGGAAAGUUACGUAUAAAAUAUGUACGAGUAUUUUACUUCGUCUCUAUGCUAAUAUUACGUUUAAUAGUACGUUAAUUGUCAUAAAUAUUGAAAAAUUAAUUAUUUUAAAAACAAAUAAAUAUAUUAAUAAUAGUAAAGUUAAUAAUUUAACUCAUUAAAUACGGAUAUUAAAUGUGUUAUACGAGUUUUAUAUGUGUUUUGUUGGGGAUGUGGCUCGGAUCCAGUCGCGCGAGCAAGGAGGCCGAAUGAACUUCCAGCAAGCAAGGGGAUGACCGCAAAUGGCAGAGGUAUCGAGCGCCGUCGUUUUGAUCCUGCUCAGACCGACGUCGUUUUACCUCAUAGUUUGAUAUCGCCCAGGCCGACGUCGUUUUGCAUCGUCCAAAACCAGCGUCGUUUUAGCCUCACUCAAGCCAGCGUUGUUCUGCCCUGCCUAGGACAGGGAAGGAAGAUGGUAAGGAUAGCGCCGCAGUCUACGAAGGAAGGGUCAUAUCUUGAGUCAGGUCCUAGGAAUAAUUAUGGCCUAAAAGCAUGGCCUAAGUUCCUGACACACGUUGUAGUCUUAUCACAUUAAAUACCCACUACUGUAAUGUACUAUAAAAGGGGCAUUUACGACGGUAGGUAGGGGAUCGGUCUUUUGAUUCUCUCACAAAUAAACAUUCACUUCUCUCUCUAGCUAAUUUCCUCUGUUAUUCCUUCCUCUCUACCGAAAGUUCUCGUCAGAAACAAGUCACCAUAACGCAUCGCUUGCUCUACCCCCUCCUCCCUCACGAGUCUCACUCCUACACUCAAUUAGGCUCAAACAAUUGGCGCCCACCGUGGGGCAUAGUAGGGAAGCGAUGGAAAACCAACUAACGACGGAGCACAAUAUCAACUCGCCCAGCAAAACGACACCCAUCAAAGCUAUGACGAACGAAAGGACACACGCGGAGACCAGCAACUUCAACGCGGUACUCAUUGAAGAAGAAGAGCCCGAGCUGACGCCCAAGGAGAUGAGGCAACAGAUGGCUAAGCAAAACGAAGUCAUUGCCGACAUGCAGAAAAAGAUGAACCAGGUUAUCGCGCUCAUGAUGAGCAAAGAGUCCGCGCAACCCAGUCACACGCCGCUGACGGCGCCCGACGCAACCGCGGAAAACGUCCCUCCACCGCAACAGAUCCCGGUCAUCAUGUCCGCGGACGAGGCACCCCAAGCGGAGCCGCGCCCUAGGGCGGACCUCAGUUUCCUGGAGCAACAUCUCUCUCCACAAUACCGCCCUCACCCCCCAAGGAGAAUCCUCCACCAAUCGCUAAGCGCGGACAUAAUGGCGGAGCACUUAAGCGGAAUGCCGCCUGCUCUCCCCACGUAUAACGGUACGACGGACCCAGAAGACCACGUCAGCACGUUUUGCCUCAGAAUGCAGCUCCAAACCAAUUCCAACGCGGCACUAUGUCGGACCUUCCCAUCAACGUUCUCCGGCAUAUGCCUCGACUGGUACAACAGACUUCCAAACGGAAUCAUCAGCUCCUUUGAGGAGUUCAUACUCCUCUUCACUACCAAAUUCGUGUCACAAAAAAGGAGACCCCUACACCUCAAGGCCUUGAUCGACAUCAGGCAGAAGGAUGGGGAAAGCCUACGCGCGUUCUAUGCCAGAUGGUCAAGAGUAGCUAUGGCGGUGCGCGACCUCACUCCCGAAACCGCCGCACAUCACCUCAUGGACGCUACGACCAGCAUGGAGCUCAAGCGUGCCAUAGCAAAAAGGCCGGUGACGCUGUCAACAGAGCUCGAGGCUAAGAUCGAAACGGCUAUCACGCUGAAGGAAACUCUUGGCGCAGGUUCUGUCAGGCGUUUUGAACCUUCCAAGCCGCCCAGGGAAGACCAAACGCGGAAACAACUUUCGGUGCCCCGAGAACAGUUACUACAAACCCACAGCGGGUCCAGAAGGCAACUCGCUCCGCCAGAACAAGUCCCGCGAAGACGUUCCCCCGAUAGGCGUCAGCAGAACACGAUGCCCACUUACACACCGCUCAACGACUCCGUAAAGAACGUAUUCCAUGUCCUCCGUGAGAAGGGAUACAAAAUCAAUUGGCCCACGCCUGUCAAAGUCGCACCUCACCUGCGCAACCCGAACAAACAUUGCGAGUUCCACAGGGAAACGGGUCACUCAACGGAGGACUGCAGGGAACUAAGGUACGAAAUAGAGGGGCUCAUCCGAAGAGGACUGCUGUCGCAGUUUGUUCACGGGGCGGAAGGAUAGAAAGAGCCGCACGAAAAUCCUCCGCCUCCCCCGCAACCGGAAUACAAUGAAACAACCGGC